AUGGUGCCGCCGCAAAAACCACCGCCGCCCCCACCCGGUUACUUCGAGCAACGCGCCGCCGCCAAGGCCGCCGCCGCUAUAGCCUCUCCCUCCCCUGCCGGCAUGGCUCCUACUCUUAACUACACACACACCAUAGCCGAUGUCACCCCCUUCAUCCCAAUUAACCUAGACCUAGCCCAACACAACUACUACCAUUGGCGCCAUCUCUUUGAGGCACACCUCAGACGCUGCAACCUCCGCUAUCACGUCGGCGCCAACGCCACUCCUCGCCCCAACAAUCCUCGCUGGGUCGCGGACGACCUCUCCAUCAUCCAGUGGAUUUACACUCGCGUGUCCACCGAGAUCUUCAAUCUCGUCUUCUUUGAGGCCGCCACCGUUGCAGCCCUAUGGGCGUCGCUGCGACAGCUCUUCCAGGACAACACCGAUGCACGGAUCAACAACCUCCACUCCGAGAUCCGCAACACUCCGCAGGGGGCCUCCUCUCUCAGCGUCUACUGCCAGCGCAUCCAAACCCUGGCUGACGAGCUCCGCCAGCUCGGCGACCCCAUACCGGACCGUCAACUCAUCAACAUCCUUCUUCAAGGACUCAGCGACCGGUUCAAAACUUAG